CCCACGCGUGGCUCAGGGGUGGCGGGCCGCCCCGGGGGCCUCCCGGGCCUGCCCGCCGAGGGCCUGCAGGCUGCGGCCGCGGGGCCCGGCCUGCUUUCGGGGGCAGAGCCGCAGGGCCGGAGGUGGGCCACACCUGCAGGAACCCCCGGGCCUCCCAGCCCUCACGGGUCCCGGGCCCAGAGGCACAUCCCCAGGACGCCGUGCUGACAUCCUGAGGCCGAGAGUCAUGGAAGGCAGAGCAUCUAACUAACUAGCUCUCUGGCAGCCGGCAGCCGGCCUCCACCUUCACACCCCCCGGGCGGCUGGACGGCUGCGAAGAGACAGCCACGCCGUGCGUUUUUGAUUUGUCAAUCCCUCAGUAUUUACCUCUUAAAGACAAAAACACCUUAAAAAACAAAGCCCCAACUUUUGGGGGGAGCCAUGACAACGUCUGCAAAGCGCCACCACAGGGCCUGCGUCCAGACUUGCGACUGCCUGGCCAAGGCCCGUUCCCGCCGAUUUGAUGACAUCAGGGCCCAGACGCGUCCCUUUGGUUGGCCAGCGGACAGGGUGGCCAUGGAUCCCUGCCCCGAAGAGCAGUACUGGGACCCCCGGCUGACCGCCUGCCUCCACUGCAGAUCCAUCUGCAGCCAUCAGGUUCCGCGCACGUGUGCAGCCUUCUGCAAGUCAUUCAGCUGCCGCAAGGAGCAGGGCAGGUACUACGACCAGCUGCUGAGGGACUGCAUCAGCUGUGCCUCCGUUUGUGGACGUCACCCCAGGCAAUGCACACUCUUCUGCGAGAACAAGGUCAGGAGCCAAGGGAACCUCCCACCAGAAGUCAGGAGGCAGCGGACCGGAGAGGCCUCGACCAGGGCAGACAGCCUGGGGCGGUACCAGGGGUCCGAGCACAGAGGAUCGGAUGCGGGUCCAGCCUCCGCAGGGCUGAGGCUGAGCGCGGACCAGCUGGCCCUGGUCUACAGCACGCUGGGGCUCUGCCUCUGCGCCGUCAUCUGCUGCUUCCUCCUGGCCGUGGCCUGCUUCUUCAGGAGGAGGCAGGGCCAGUUCUCCUGCCGGCCGCCCCCCGGGCCAUGCCGCAUCCAGGCCAAGUCCUCCAAGGAUCACUGGACGGCAGCGGGCAGCGCGGCUGGGGGGCUGCCGGAGCCGGUGGAGACUUGCAGCUUCUGCUUCCCCGAGCGCAGGGCGCCCACCCAGGAGAGCGCAGGCGCGCCCGCCUCACCAGGGCCCGGGCCCGAGCACGCGGGGAGGUGGGCGCGCUGCGGCCCGAGCGCAGCCGGACAGCCCUGCGUGCGCGCCCCCGACGGCGAGACGGCGGGCAUCGAGGUCAUGCGCACGCCCGCCCAGGAAGGAAGCCCUCCAACGUGAACCUGGCGGAACGACCCCCUCUCACCUCCUGCUGAAUUUUCACGCAUCCUGACUGAUGGCGCUCAUGACAUCCAAGCACCACGUAUUCGAUGUACACACAUCCCUGUUAGCACUGAAACCUCCAUUUCAGCAGCAUUUAAACCUGAAAAUGCACGACUCCGAGAAGCAUUUGCACAGAGAGAUAGAGGCAGGGUCACGCACAUCACCAGCCACCUCCCGAAACGGCCUGGCACACGGACACACAUCCAAGGUUCACACAACACACUCUGGGUGGUGUGGACAGGAAGGGUGAUGCGCUGUCUUCGAGCCACCCGUGGGCUAAGAGGCCCUGCCCGCUUCCAGGGCUGCCGUUUGGAGCACCUCACACUGGCGGCUCCACCUGCAGACACCUUGCCGUCUGAGGCUGGAGCCCAUGGAGGUGUCCUCGGGCCAGUCCUGCGGAGGCCGAGGCAGGAGGAGCCAGGGCCUUGCGGACGGUCUUGCUGUGACUCCUCUCAUCCUCUUCCCUCCGUGCAGCUGUCUCUGCAUCCAAGUCCCCCCUUUUCAUAAGCACCCCUGUGCCCUAAUGGCCCCAUUCUCACAGGACCAUGGCUGUACGUCUCCAAAGAGGGUCGUGCCGGGUGGCAGCCAGGGUUAGGAGGCCACCUUCCAGGGGACACGCUCAGGCCAGGACACAUGCCUCCCCAGGUCACCCCUGCUUCAGCUCUGUCUGAAGGCAAGUUGGCUUCUACCAAGUUCCUGCCCAAGACAAGUCAGCCCAGUGUGGGCUGGACAUCUCAGUGCAGUGUCGCCUGUACAGCACUGACUCAACCCUGUACCUGCCGGCAACGCAACAGCACACUUUCGAGCUGCCCACACGCGCCAGACAUGAAAGCCCCUCCAGGGAGUGGGUAGCCCCUCUCCCUCUGCAGUUCUCGAAUUCUGCUCAUCUGAACCCAAGGGGCUCUGGGGAUGCUUCUGGGGCUGGAGGGGGCAGGGUAUGGCUACCGAAAACGCAGGGAAAUGAAUGCCAAGCCAUGGCUUUUGACAGAAUAACCUUGCUUUUUGUCAGUUUUUCAAUGGGUCUUUUGUACGUUUACAUGGGUUUCGGACCGGGGUUCCUUGCUGGAAAGAAAAUCUGAAAACUCUACAUACCAUCAAUUUUA